AUGGAAAAUGACAAUAGUGCUAUGGUUCCUAGCAAAUUCCAACGUCACUUGGUGACUAAUCAUCUUUCGCUUUUAACAAAAGAUAAAAGCUACUUUGAAAGGUCUUUAUCAUCAAAAAUUAAGCAAGUAAAAGUUUUUGAUAAACAAGUUUGUGUGUCUGAAAAGGCUCGAGUAGCUUCUUACGAAAUAGCUGAAAUGAUUGCUGUUAACUUAAAACCUCACAAUUUGGCUGAAGAAAUUAUAUUACCUGCUUGUCGCAAAAUUGUAAAAACAAUGAUUGGUGGAUCAGCUGAUAUUGAUAUUUGCAAAAUACCACUUUCAAAUGAUACAAUCAAUCGCAGAAUUGAAGAUAUGUCAGAAAAUAUUGAGCAAAAUACUGAAAAAACUCUUGCAAAUUCGAAAUUUGCUUUACAAGUCGACGAAACAACAGAUAUUAUAGGAAAUGCUCAAUUAAUUGCAUUCGUUAGAUUUAUUCACGAAAAUGAUAUAAUUGAUCAAUUUUUAUGUUGUCGGGAGUUACCUGAUUUUACAACUGAUGGUGCUCCAGCUAUGACUGGACAUCUAAAAGGAUUUGUUGCACAUGUUAAAAAACUGAAUGAGCAUAUAUUAGUUACCCAUUGUUUUUUUGCACUUGUUACAAAAUUUUUGCCAUCAGAUUUGAACAUAGUUCUGGAACAAUGUGUUGAAAUGGUUAAUUAUAUCAAAUCAAGAUCAUUAAAAAGUAGAUUAUUUAGUAAAUUAUGCCAAGCUAUGGAAGCCAAGUACGAAUCCUUUUUACUCCAUACAGAAGUAAGAUGGUUGUCCAGAGGAAAAGUUAUAUCUCCUGUGCUGAAAUUAAAAGACGAAAUGAAAAUAUCUUUUGAACAAAAUAAAAAUUAUGAAUUUGUUCAUUUGUUAGAAGAUAAAAUAUGGUGUACUAAACUGGCUUACUAA